AAGAAUCUGCAGCUUAUGAAUUGUUUUUGGGGUUUUUUUUUUGGUUGGGAGACGUAUUUUUGAGAGGCCUCUAUUAUUUCCCCCCUCGUAUAUUUCAGUUUUUGUAGUAACAAUGUCUUCAUCUCAGGACUUUAGAGAGUUUAUUAGAGAAAGACUGACUGCUGCUGCGGAGGAAAUAUUCUCAGAGUUUGAAAAGCAAAUCAUCCGAUAUCAGGAAAAUAUCAGACUGUUGAAUGCUCACUGGAAACCGCAUUUGAAGCUGCACAGAUUAAGCCUCCCGCAGCAACAUGUCAGCAUGGUGGUGGCGGUUUCUGCCGGGCAGCUGGCUACUGACAGGGGGACGAGCUGCAGCCGGGACCAGGAGGAACCACGACCUGCACGGGUGAAACAGGAAGAGGAGGACUGCUGUAGCACCCUGGAGGAAGAGGAAGCAGAGCAGGAGGAGGAGACACACAGACACACUCUGAAUGCUUGUUAUGAGGAAGACCUCACACGGCAACGGCUCUGCGUGGAGGACACACCCACUGACCAGCUGCUCUGUGACCAGGACAGGAUCUGCACUGGAGUCGAGGACGAACCAGAACCUCCACAAAUCAAAGAGGAACAGAAGGAAUUCUGCGGCUCUGAGGGGGAACGGAAGCUCGAAGCGCAGGAGGAAACAAACGGAUUCCUGCCAACUCCUACUUGCGAGGAAGGGGAGAGCUCUGUGUCAGAACGAUGCGCCAGUUUUCUUCGAACCAGCGUAGGUGACCAGAUCCAGCCUCUUGCCGUGUUUGUACCUAAGGAGGAAUCUUACGAAGGAAGCGAAGGUGCACAUGCGGCCGAUAUAAACACAGACCUCCCUCUGGUGUCGGGCUCUACGGUUGACGCGGGCACACAGUAUUUUGGGUGUGGCUUUUGUGAGAAAACCUUUCAGUUUAGAUCCAGACUGAUCCGACACUUGAGCACCCACAUGCGCAAAAACAAGUUGAGGUGCGGGGUUGGUAAGAAGUCGUUCAACCAGAACUACCAGCUGAUCCACCCCAAGAAAACCAACGGCUCUGGCGGAAAACCGCUCGACCCACACGCCAGCUUCUUGACUGGCGCUGAGGCCGAGCGACUCCUCUGCAACACAUGUGGGAAAAGCUUCAGCAGCCCCUACAUCCUGAAGAGACACGAGAGAGUCCACACGGGCGAGAAGCCGUUUGCCUGCGGUGCGUGCGGGAAGUCCUUCAGUCGAAGGGACCACCUGCUGGGCCACAUGAAAUCCCACUUGGCCAAACCGCGAGUCCCGAGGCAGCCCGCGAUCAAGCAGAGGGCCGUCCGUGUAGCCAAGAAGCUCUAUUCCUGUCAAACAUGCGGGAAACGCUUCACACGAUAUCAUUGCUUCUUGCACCACGCCAAGAGUCACAAUCCACUCGUCUGCAAGACCUGCGGGAAACAAUUCAGUCAGUCAUCGGGACUGAAGCGACACGAGUCGAUCCACUCAGGUGUGAAGGGGUUUCCCUGCGGCGUCUGCGGGAAAUCCCUGAGUAGAAGGGACCACUUGGUGCGCCACAUGAAAGUCCACGCCAAGAGCAACCCUUUUUGUUUGACGUAGCCAAAGCAUAGAUAGAAAUGCAGCAGCUAAGGCCUGGAAAGUUUGAUAGUGGUAAUUUGAUCGUCCACAUGAGAGAUGCUUUCUUCACACAGAGAUUGAGAAGAAAAAAUCAAGUGUAGUCCAGCAUGAUGAAGACUACAACUGGUUAGUUUGGUUGUUGAAACAGCAAAUAUACCUUAACAUGCGCAGUGGAAACUAGGGGUGCACAGAUUGCAGUUUUCUGAACUAACCAGUUACAGUCCAUCAUUUAAAAACCCUGACCUGCCCAUUUCAAUUUUGGCCAAUAUCAAUUUCUUUUUUUCUGAAAAUGUUAAAUCGGUGCACCCCUAGUGGAAAUGAGUUUAUUUCUAUCAGAGAAGCUAACUUCUGCAGUCGUUCUUAUCUCUGCACUUUGGGACGCUUCCAGUCAGCGCCUUGUUCUUGAAUUCAGCUUCUGGGAUUGGCUGGUUUGCUAGCAGCAGCCAAUAACGUGUCAGAUAGCCUUAACAAAAGAAAUGUGCAUAAAUAAUUUAGUUCAGCACAAAAAUGUUUUAGUUUGUGUAAUCUACAGGUGUUUCAUCAACAAAGCUUUUUUCUCAAAACAACUUUGUUUUUCUCCCUAAAUUUAAAAUGUUCUGGUUAAAUUGUGUCUGUUUUCUGUAUUGUACUGGAGCAGAAAUACUGAAAUGAUUGAAAUAAAACCCAUUUUGAAAUA